GUAGCAUUACAAUAUUAUGCUAUACACACAAGUUUUUCUGAAUGGGAUAUGGGAUCUUUAAAAUGCAAUGUGCACUGUUCAUAAGAGGACGUCUAUGACGUCAUAAGUCCAUCAUUUUCACGAACAAUAAGUUUGCGGAAAGAAGGGGAAGGAGAAAAGAGGGUGAGAGAGAGAGAGGUGUGAUUGUCGAACAUCUGUCACCAAGCGAACGCUAGCUACGUUCAAUCCCGAAAACCGCAAUACUGUCAUGGCACCCGCUUUUGUGAUUUUUUGAGACAGCCACGUACAUACAUACGUACAUAAGCGCGAAUUCGCAUUGUGGUCAGUGUUCAGUGAUUUUAUAUAAGACGAAUCUUUUAUUCCUCCGUACACACACAGACGAUAAUAAAUCAUGAGCUCAGGUAGACCAAUAAAAUGUGUAGUAGUAGGAGAUGGAACAGUAGGAAAAACUUGCAUGUUAAUCUCAUAUACAACGGACAGUUUUCCUGGAGAAUAUGUACCUACUGUUUUCUUUCUUAGACCAAUCAAAUGGAGUGGCUAAUAAUAGUAGCAGAGAGUAUGAGAUACCUAACUGCUGUGUACAGGAAUUUCUAAUAUUUUUCAGGUUUGAUAACUAUUCUGCGCCCAUGGUUGUUGACGGGAUUCCAGUUAGUCUAGGAUUAUGGGACACAGCAGGACAAGAAGAUUAUGACAGACUUCGUCCUCUCUCCUAUCCUCAGACAGAUGUGUUUCUUAUUUGUUUCUCAGUAACCAGCCCUUCAUCAUUCGAAAAUGUAACCAGUAAAUGGUACCCCGAAAUAAAACAUCACUGCCCAGAUGCACCAAUGAUACUUGUUGGAACUAAAAUAGACUUACGAGAUGAUCGUGAAACGCUUACUGCCUUAGCUGAACAAGGCCUUAGUGCUGUUAAGCGUGAGCAAGGACAGAAGUUGGCAAACAAGAUUCGUGCAGUGAAAUAUAUGGAGUGUUCUGCUCUCACACAACGUGGACUGAAGCAAGUGUUUGAUGAAGCGGUACGCGCUGUUUUAAGACCUGAGCCGCAAAAACGUCGGCAAAGGAGGUGCAUUAUGUUAUAAACGAUAAAAGGAAUUGCAAAGAAAAUCAGCAUAAAUAAACGUAACGUAUAUAUAGCAACAGAUCAAAAUAGAUCUGAUAAUUGAACGCAAAGAAAAAAAUAUGAAUGUUUUUAAAGAGAAAAUGAAUAGUACAUGUGCAUUUUAACGAAUUAUUCUGGCAGCUAUAGAAUAUACCGCAUCACAGAAAGAGUACAAUUUAUAACUUUCUGGUCUCAGUUGCAUGAUGCUAAUUCGCGACCAGAAGGUUUAGACAACGAGAAAGUAAAAAAAGAAGAUAGGAUAACUAUUUAACAGUAAUUACAGGAAGAAGUUUAUUGCAGGCUUACAGAUGUCGUUUCUUAAAGUUGCGUUUAUGCAUAUAUUGCAUAUUGCUGAAAAAAAUAUGUGACAUAACGUGCAGUCGAUAGUAAUGGGAAAAGGAGCUCACAAAUAAUGUUUCUUCAUAUUUUACACAAAAGAAUCUCGAUUAAUUAAUAUUGCAGUUUUACAAAUCGAUGAUAAUACAGUGUAAAUGUGCUGUGAUGACUAAAAGCAUUAAGUACCGAAGCUUUACUUAUCAGGGCUGCCAGAUUUUCGAUUUUUUACAUUUACAAUAUAAUAGGAACAUUGAUUUUAGUACAUGUAUAACGCGAUAGCUACCAUAACAAUCACAUGCUGGAAAGUUUUACAAGAUGUAAAACUGGCAUUAUAUAGAAUUAUUUGAACAUACACAGUGCCAUAGCAACGAAGAAUCAAAUAAAUGUCGCAAGCACUCUCAA